CUUUGCAUCUACUGGCAACUGGAAUAAUCAGUUCUAAAUUAACUGUUCCCCUUUGGAUUAAUUUUUCUAAAACUCCACCAUGGCCGGGGCAGGGAAAAGUUGUCAGCGCUUGUACGAGAAGAAUGGCUCAGAGAGGCCAUGUCCGAGGAACUGCUUCGAGCCGCCGAACGGACCCUGUCUCGACUACAAGCUAGUGCUGCCCCCCGAAGACGUGGUCGAUCCGGACGUGGAGGUGAUACAGGUGACCCUCAAGCCCGACGGGCCAGCGCGCAAGGAGAUCGACAUCCGGGCCGAGUGCAGCAAGACCUGCGGCAGAAGCAGCGACAAGGAAAAGGAAGCCGACUGCACCUUGUGUGCGGCCCAGGAGCGGAACAUACGUCCCAAUCUGUGCUCGACCGAGUGCAGGCCGCUCCAGACCAUUAUGCACCUGAACGAGUACACCAAGCGACCGCGGCCCAAGCCAAGCUACAAGCACUGCGUCAUGCUGGACGACAAUACUGUGGUGGGGCGCUGCUUCCCAAUGCUCUUCCGUCUGCGCCGCAUGAAGAACAAGUGCCUCAGCUGCGGCAGGGAUCUCCUCUUCCGGCAUCCCAUCACGGCCAGCCAGAACCUGCUGCUGCUGUCCAACUGCUGCGACGUCGAGGUGUAUCCCCAUCAAAGGGUUGAGAAUAUGAACAACGUGCCUGUUGGGAUGCUAACCGGGCCUAAGCGCUUCACCAAGCGGUUGUUGAAAGACAGGUCCGAGUGCCGUAUGUUUGCCCUGCCCCCGCCAACGCCUCCUAGAGAGACCCGUUUGCCAACCAUACUGCCCGUAGCUGUGCCAGCGAAGGGUAAAAAAGGGAAAAAGGGCAAAAAGAAGGGUAAAAAGUAGCUUCAGGAAUAUUGGAUCAGAAUAAAUUCAAAAACUAAAA